AUGGAAAUUAAACAAGAAUUUACACAUAAGAUCCCUAAGUUAGUGGGUCCUCUUACUGAAAUUUAUUUAGACAGAAUAUUAAAUUACUUUUCGACCAGUACAUUAUCGGACUCUAUUAAAAUUAAUACUUUGCUUAAUAAUAUAUCAGACAAAGUUUUUGACGACAUUAAGGCAAUUUGUUCUGAUACCGAUAUUUUAGAUCUUAAAAUUGUGAUUAAAAAGUUAACCUAUCUUUUACCAGCGCUAAAUUUAAAUACUUUAAUUAAUAAAUUUAAUCUUCUUCAACAAAACUCAUCAGAGAGUUUUAUGCUGUGGUACAUUAGAGUAUCGAAACUUCAUAAGAAAUGUAAUUUUUUGGACGAUAGUAGAUUAAAAGAGAAAUUACGGACAUCUACUUUAAACGAUAAAAUUAAAUACAAAUUCUCCAAAAAUUUGGACCUUACAUUGAAUCAGAUGGUGGAAUUAGGGGUGAAACUGGACUCUAGUAAUAUUAAGUCUGAGGAUAAUGAUAUAAGUUAUAUAAAUAAUGACAAAAAAUACAAUUAUGGUAAUAAUAAUUCGCGAUACCACGAUAAUUAUAACAAUUAUAACUAUAACAAUUAUCGCUAUAAUAAUAAUAAUCAAUCGAAUUUUGGUAGAAAUAAUACAUGGUAUGAUUAUAAUCAAAGAAAACAAAUCCAAUACGGUGACGGAAAUCGUAACAAUUACCAAUCUUAUUACAACAACUCAGAUAAUUAUAGAGGUAAUGAUAAGUAUCAGAGAAAGCAAAUACAAUAUAACAACAACUCAAAUAAUUAUAGAGGUAAUGAUAAUAUUCAGAGAAAGCAAAUACAAUAUAAUAACAACUCAAAUAAUUAUAGAAGUGGCGACGAAAAUAGAAAGCAAAUACAAUACAAUAAUGAUUACAACAUGAAUAUUGAAGAAAUUAUUGAAGAGAAAGUUGAUUCUACAAAGAACAAAGAUGAUAAUGAUUUUAAUGUCAACAAUUUAUCUGGUGACGUGAUUAAUGACAAAGAUAACGCAUUUAUGACUACUGUAAAAGUGAACGAUGUUGUUACUUGUAUGCAAGUGGACACUGGAUCCAAAUACACUAUCAUACCUCAUGGUCUGGCUAAAAAACUUGGUAUUAGAGAUCUUAAGAAAUCCGAGCUACAACUCACUGCUUAUGACGGGAAUUUAAUCAAAAUCAUAGGAAUUACUCAAGUUAAAGUGACUUAUGAUGGUAUGUCCAAAUAUUUACAAGCGGUAGUGGUUGAAUCAAGUAAAAAUGCUUUGUUGGGACGUAUGUGGAUCAAUGCUUUCAAAAAUAUUUUAAAUAAAUUUAUAGCAAAUAUUGACACUAAUUACGAAGAUGAAAUAAAAAAAUUGAUUAAAGAGUGUGAAUCGAAAUUGACUAAUGGGCCAAUUAACAAAGCAAGUGUCAAGUUACAUUUAAAAAAUGAUGCCCAACCUAAAAUUAUACCGCCUAGACGUAUACCUUAUUCAAAAAUUGAUCUUGUUAGUAAAGAACUCAAGAAAUGGAUACAUGAUAAAAUAAUUGAGCCGGUGAAUGAUGUCCGAUGGGCAAGUCCUGUUACCGCUGUCUAUAAAGAAGAUGGGAGCAUUAGGCUUUGCGCUGAUUUUAAGGAUACUGUAAACCCAGCUCUAGAAGACUUUAGAUACCCUCUACCACGAAUUAAUGAUCUAAUUGCUAAACUUUCGGAAGGAAAGAAAUUUACGAAGAUUGACUUUAAAAAUGCUUUCUUACAGAUUCCAAUUGAUAAAAGUUGCAGAAAUAUUUUAACCAUAUCUACGCAUAAGGGAUAUUACAAAUUUACUAGACUUCCUUUUGGGCUUAAGACCUCAUCUGCAAUUUUUCAACAGAUUAUGGAUCAAAUCUUCGGGGACAUGGAUGACGUUAUAUUUUAUAUUGAUGAUUUACUUAUAACUGGAAAAAACGAUGAAGCCCACCUAAACAACAUAAAAAAAUAUAAAGCCGGUAAAUAUAAUGUUGUUCCUGAUUGCCUUUCAAGAUUACCACAAGAAUGUCGUGAUGAAACUAUUGAAAAUGUAACUAUUAUAAAUGAAUAUGAGGACUUACCUAUUAACUUUGAUCAAAUCCGUGAUGAAACUUUGAAAGAUACGGAAUUAAAACAAGUCAUAAAUGAUAUUAAUAACAACAGACCUAUAAUGAAUAAUAUUUAUAAAAACAUUGAAUUGGAAUUAAUUACUGAUAACGGUACUAACUUUACGAGUAAUGAUUUUGAAAAAUUUUGCAACAAUUUUGGUAUUAAACAUGUGCUUACAUCUGCUUAUCACCAGCAAUCCAAUGGCCAGGUUGAACGCAUGGUUAGAACGUUCAAAACACAUAUGAAAAGGAAUAUUAAAAUAGACCCAGAUAUCGCACUUAGCAAAUUUUUACUUAAUUACAGAAAUACGCGUAAUGAUACUACAGGAGUUACACCAUCACAGAGAAUGUUUAAUCGAGAUAUUAGAAUUAAAUGGGACUUAUUAAAACCGAUGGAGGAAAAGAAGAAUAAAAUAAACGUUACUUUACCACGAAAUAGAACUUUUAACGUAGGAGAUUUUGUUUGGUAUAAAAUACAAGGUAAUGAUAAAUGGUGCAAAGGUAUAAUCACACAUAAGGAAAGUGAUAUGAUGUUCCAAAUUAAGACUGAGAAAGGUAUUUUGAGGAGACAUUUAGAUCAAAUAAGAAUUAGAAACUGUUUUAACACAAUUAUUAACUAUGACUCUAAGGAUUCUUUUAAGGAGGGAAGUAUGGACAAAAAUAUAAAAAUUACUGAUAAUAACGAUAUAACACCUAUCUCUAGACCUGUGCGAAUAAAAAAAAACCUGUUUAUUUAA